GGAACACAGCUCGCGACUAGACAACACGGAAGGCCACCCCCACUCCACCCGCCCUCCAGAAUGCCUUUCCAAGGCGAGCCGGCAGAGCUGAUGUGGUGACACGUCAGCACCUCCAAGGCAGCGCUGCGCCAUCGCAUCCACGUCGCAGCUGCAGCCACGUACUCUCCUUGUCUCCACCAUGUCCUUCCUUCGCCUCGGCCUCUGCGUCCUCGGCGUGUACUCCAUGUUCCUGCUAUGGGCAAUCGCGCAAGAGCGUCUGUCUGUUCCCUUCCAGUCCGUGGACGGCACCUCCGCCGACAAAUUUGAGUCUCCACUGUUCAUGGGGACAUGUCAAAGCGCUCUCAGCGCUCUCUCCGCCCUCCUUUACCUCUUCGUCCGUCGCAAGCCUCACCAAACACUGACGGACCUCCUGGGCCUCUCACCUCCACUCCCCGCCGCCCAGACCAACGGCCACUCCCUCAACGGACACGCUAAGCACAAGCCCGACACGCGCUGGUCCGCGCGGGCUCUCCUGCUCCGCUACCUCCAAUGCGCGCUCUUCAUCACCUCCGCCGCACCCUUCGGUUUCGCCGCGCUCUCGCACAUAUCCUAUCCCGCGAUGGUCCUCGGCAAAUCCUGCAAGCUCGUCCCCGUCAUGCUCAUGAACGUCCUGCUCUAUCGCCGCGCCUUUGCCCCGCACAAAUACCUCGUCGUCACGCUCGUUACGGCUGGCAUCACGCUCUUCAUGGCCUUCGGCUCCUCCUCCUCCAGCAAGAAGCACGCCUCGAGCGCGACCGGCGCUGACGGACAUCCCGCCCUGCGGCACAACGCGCUCGGCAUCGCCUACCUGCUCGUGAACCUCGCGCUCGACGGCGCGACGAACAGCACGCAGGACGAGAUCUUCGCGCGGCACCGCGUGUCCGGACAGCAGAUGAUGCUCUGGAUCAACGUCUUCUGCACGCUGCUCACCGCCGCGCUGUCCGUGCUCCCGCUCCCGCACAUCCCCGUGCUGCAUCCCUCCGCCGCGGGUACAGCCGAGCUCAGCGGCGCGCUCGCGUUUGUGCGCGCGCACCCGUCCGUCGUGUCGCCGCUCGCUCAGUUCGCGCUCACGGGCGCGCUCGGGCAGCUAUUCAUCUUCGAGACGCUGCAGCACUUUGGAUCGCUCACGCUCGUGACGGUCACACUCACCCGCAAGCUGUUCACGAUGCUUCUCUCCGUCGUCGUCUACAACCACAAGCUCACGCUCGGCCAGUGGGCGGGCGCCGGCAUCGUCUUUGCCGGGAUCUCCGUGGAGGCGUGGGUGAAGCGUAAAGACGUGCACGCCAAACGCGUCGUCCAAGAGAAAGAAAAGGCGAAACUGAAGUCCCUCUGAUCGUCCUUUACCCACUGACCCUCCCAAUAAUCUUAUUAUCCUCGGGUGUGCAGCAUAUACAGACAUUACGAUACAAUUAGAUCAUAUCAGAGUACAAGGUGGCGGAGAAGCGUGGUGUGAGUGCGAGCGAGCCAACAGCUGGAUGGAACGAAGGGUAUACCCAAAACCGAGAGAAUGUGAGAGGAAUCAUGAAUGGUCCAUCGCGUUCGGAUCAGGCGCGAUCACGGCACUUUCCAUCAGGAUGAUUCGCUUGUCUUCUCGCUCGUCCUCGUCCUCUUCCAGCUCUCGCUUUCGUCGUGGGGCAUCGCGCUGGGCAUUCGAGUACAUCGAGACAGCAAGCCCGGCCCUGUAUAUGCUCUCGUACUCCUUCAUCUGGGUGAGGAAGCCGGCGUUGGGGGAGAUGCAGUACCGGCGGUUCUGGACCAUGUGCAGCGCGUCCUCCCAGGACAUCUGGCACUGCUGCAUCACGUACAUGAUCACGAACGCGGGCGAGAGGCUGAUGCCGCCGUUGCAGUGGACGAGGACGCGACCGCCCUGUGCGAGCGCGGCAUUGAUGAAUUCGCGGGCUUUCGGAAAGAGGCGGAUGAGGUUCUGCUCCUCGCUGUCCUGCACGUCGAGGACGAGGUAGGAGAAGGCCUCUGGGAAGCGGGGGCGCACGGAGAAGGCCUCUUUUGCGUCCCGAAUGCAGACUAUGUGUGUUAUGCGGAGGUUGCGGAGGCUCUCGAGGGACUUUGAGACGACGAAGGGGCCGAGGAGGAGGCCAGGGAGGAUCUCCUGGCAUUGGUGGCGCAUGUCGUACUUCCACUCGACGUCUGCAGGGCCUGAGAUGAGGUCCUGGAGGUCCUUUCCGGUGGGUAUGAUGGACGCCAUGGCUUAUGCGU